AAGUUCUCUCUCGCGCUGUUAAAGUAAAAUGUCGAUGCUUGCUGGUCCGAGACGCAAGCAGAAGUGGACACUCAACCCACGAGGCAAACAAUGGAGCGAAGAUUCCAGCAAGUUUGGACAGAAGAUGCUGGAAAAAAUGGGCUGGAGCAGCGGGAAAGGCCUCGGUGCCAAGGAACAGGGUAUGGUCGAACACGUGAGGGUCAAAGUGAAAAACGACCAGGUGGGCAUCGGAUUCGCCAAGGAUAAAGAUGACCAGUGGACCGGCCAUCAGGAAAACUUUGAUAGUUUUCUACAAAAUUUGCAGAAAGAACAAUUUGCACCAACGUCGGAGGAGAAUAAGGAUAAAAUAUUGAGUGGCACGUCGUUGGAGGAAAAGUCCAAGAACAGCCUGAAAAGAGUCCAUUACAAAAAGUUUACACGUGGAAAAGAUGUCAACAAGUACAGUUCAAAAGAUUUGGCAAAUAUAUUUGGCAAAAAGGAUUUGGAUGACAAGCCUCAAGGAGCAGAGGAAGAGGAUGGUACAAUAGCUUACGAUGCUGUUGGUGCGGAAGAUACAACUGCAGGGGUUCUUACGAUCAAGGGUGGAAAUAUGAACGAAUAUUUUAGUAAAAAACUCGGUACCAGUGAAUUACAGAAGUCAAAGGAAUGCAAAGACAACUCUGAGAGCGAAGCUGAAGGCCGUGCUGGAUUUGGUUUUUCGCACAAGAGUAAAAGUAAAUUUCAUCUCGAUGAAGAUGCAAAUUCCAAUAUCAAAAACUCGUGUAGUGAAAGUGGAAAGUAUAAGGGCUUUGGUUUCAUAAAAAGUAGUGAAACCAAAUCUAAAAAUAAGAAAUUGAACAAUCUUGACUACGUUUUUGAUAAUCCAUGUUUGGAUUUAAAUAUAUUGGACAGUCCAGUGGUGAAAUCGGAUAAAAUAGAUAAUGAGAACUCUGAGUCUGUCAAGAAGCCAAAAAAGAGGAAAACCGACGACAUGUGUGAGGAUGCAUUGGAAAGUGAAAAAACUGAAGUUGAUAGAAAUAUUGAAACGCCAAAGAAAAUGAAGAAGAAUAAAAAAGAAGUGGUUUCAAACGGGAUUGAAAAUCUAGCAUUAGAUUCAAGUUGUUCCGAUAAAUCAGCGUCAAAGAAAAAAAAGAAGAGUAAAGACUUGGAGGAUUUGUCAGGUGGUAUCGAAAAUACCGGUUUGGAUUUGGAAUUUCCUGACAAUCCCACCCCAAAAAAUAGUAAAAAAAUUAAAGAAAGUAAAAUUACUUUUAAUGGUAUAGAAAAUCCUGCGCUGGAUUUGGAUCUUCCUGACAGUUCUACACCAAAGAGGCCUAAAAAAAAGAGAGAUAUCGAAGUUUUAUCAGGUGGAAUAGAAAAUCCUGGUUUGGACUUGGAAUUCCCGGACAAGCCAACUCCCAAAAAAACAAAAAGAAAAAAAAAUAAAACUGAAAUUUCAUCCAAUGGAUUGGAAAAUCCAGCUCUCGAUCUCAGUUAUGCUGAAAAUGAAAUUUGUACUACAAAUAACUUUGAAGUGCCUAGAACAUCUGGAGUAGAAAACAAUGCGCUUAACUUGUCGGACGAAGAUUCACGUAAGAAACGAGUGACUUUUAAUGACGAGAUAGAAUACAGUACAGAUAGUGUUAAUAAAAAGAAAAAGAAGCUCGACAAGUAUGAAGUUGUAAGUGAAAAAUCAAAAAAGAGAAAGAGAAGUAAAGAGCCAGUGACCUUUGACAAUGAAGCUUUAGACAUUGAAGUCAUAAACGUGGAAGAGACUGAUAACGAAGUGAACGAGAAAAAGAGCAAAAAGUGCAAAAGAAAACGGGAGCGGAGAGUGUCACUCUUGGAAACCAUUGAGGAAUUUCCCGAAGAAGAAAACUGCGAUGACGUUUUAAUUGUGAGUGAACAAGACAGUGGGGAUGUAAAUAUAGUAGCUGAGUUUUCUCGUGAUGAUGUGCAGAAAAUUAAAAACGUCGAUUCCGUUAAAAAGUCGAAGAAGAAAAAGAGUAAAAAACAUAAAGAACAAAUAGAGGAACCAAAAAUAGCAGAAGAAAAAAUGGAAGAAAUUGAUCUGACGGUGAAUGAAACAAAAAAAAAAAAAAAGAAAGAAGAGCCUAAAGUCAUUGCGGAUGUAGAAAAAAAUCAAAAUAAUGAGGGUUUCAAAGAAAAUAUUUGUAAUCCACACGUAGAAAAGAACACGUGUUUUAGAAAAAUUAAUACAUCGGAUGAAGAAGUAAUAAGUUUAGAAGAAUUUUUCAACAAAACGAAUUCAAAGAAAAUGAGUGAAAAAACCACUGAUACGCUUCAAGCUGAACCAAAUAAUUAUUAUGAAAAUUCUUGUUUUCAAAGGCCUCAAUCGUUCAGAACUCCAAAGCAAAUCAUGAAAUCGUUAUUUUUAAGAACUCCUAUAGCUGUAUUCAAAGGAUCCAACAUCAAUGAAAUAAAAGGAUAUGGUGUGGAUUUUCUUAAUAACCUGACCGAAAAAUAUUAGUUUAAAUGUUUUGUUUGUCAAUAAAAUAAUCGUUAUUGAUUCAAAUGAAAAUAUUUUUUAAGGGUGUAUAUUAAUUACGAAACUUUGUACAUAAAUGUGUAUUAUUGAAUUUUUGAAUGCUGCUAGCUAAUUAUUGUAAUUAACAAAAAAAAAUUUUUUUGCUUUUUCUCUUGAAAAGCAUUUUAAACGUACC